UACAACAUGGCAAACAUUUAAAUGAAACAGGCAUCAGAGCAACGCAACCAAAGCAGUGAGGGUGUAUUUUAGGGCAAUUAAAAAGGGUUCAUCCAGAGAUAAAGGAAUUACAGGUCAGCUCAAGCUCGGCUGCUCAUCCAUCCCGAAAUACUUUAAACACAUACUAUUGAAACUCUCACACGAACAUGGAAGAAAUCGUCAUAGCAGGGAUUUCUGGGCGUCUUCCAGAGUCUAACAAUUUGGAAGAAUUCUGGGAGAACCUUUUCAAUGGAGUUGACAUGGUCACAGAGGAUGACAGGCGGUGGAAGCCAGGUCUGUAUGGUCUUCCUUGCAGAAAUGGAAAACUAAAAGAAAUUGACAGAUUUGACGCAGCCUUCUUUGGUGUGCAUCCCAAACAAGCACACACCAUGGACCCACAACUGAGGCUUAUGCUAGAGAUAUCAUAUGAGGCAAUUGUUGAUGGAGGCAUAAACCCCACAUCCAUGCGUGGCACUAACACUGGCGUUUACAUUGGUGUGAGUGGUUCAGAGGCAGGAGAGGCCUUCAGUAAAGACCCAGAAGAGCUGCUGGGGUACAGCAUGACUGGCUGUCAGCGCGCCAUGUUCGCCAAUCGCCUUUCUUACUUUUUUGACUUCAAUGGCCCCAGCACAGCCAUCGACACAGCAUGUUCUUCCAGUCUCCUGGCUCUGGAGAACGCCUUUAAUGCUAUUCGGCAUGGUCAGUGUAAUGCAGCACUUGUUGGGGGAGUUAACUUGUUGCUCAAACCCAACACUUCGGUGCAGUUCAUGAAACUGGGCAUGCUCAGUCCUGAAGGAGCCUGCAAGUCUUUUGAUGCAUCAGGAAAUGGGUACUGUCGCUCAGAAGCUGCUGUGGCUGUUCUUCUUACUAAGAAAUCCCUGGCUAAGAGAGUCUAUGCUACUGUGCUCAAUGCUGGCAACAACACAGAUGGUUAUAAAGAACAAGGUGUGACGUUUCCUUCAGGGGACAUGCAACAGCGCCUUGUCCGCUCUCUCUACCAGGAGGCCAACAUCUCCACAGAGCAGGUUGAAUAUAUUGAGGCUCAUGGUACUGGCACCAAGGUUGGAGACCCACAAGAAGUCAACGGCAUCGUCAGCGUGUUCUGUCAGUCAAAGCGUGAACCUUUGCUUAUAGGCUCCACCAAAUCCAACAUGGGUCAUCCUGAGCCUGCUUCGGGACUUGCUGCUCUGGCAAAAGUGCUCUUGUCUCUAGAACAUGGUGUAUGGGCUCCCAACAUCCACUUCAACACCCCCAACCCAGACAUUCCAGCGCUUUUAGACGACCGUGUACGCGUGGUGGCCGAACCGGUUCCCGUGCGUGGGGGCAUUGUAGGCAUCAACUCAUUUGGCUUUGGAGGCUCGAAUGUACACAUUAUCCUGCGUCCACCAGGGCCCAAACCGGAACCUCCAGUUUCACCAGCAUCUGUAACCAGGAUUGUGCAGGCAUGUGGGCGCACUGAAGAAGCUGCUACUUUCCUCCUGAAUAAAGCCCAGGAACACGGGCAUGACUCAGCUUUCCUGGACCUGCUUAGCGAGGUGUGUGCUGUUCCCACCUCAGCCAUGCCCUACAGGGGAUACACACUGCUGGGAGCACAAGACGAAGUUAGAGAGGUGCAGCAGGCUGCACCUUCCUCCAGGCCCCUCUGGUAUAUCUGCUCUGGUAUGGGUACACAAUGGGCUGGUAUGGGCCGUAGCCUAAUGCAGCUGCAAGAGUUCAGAGAGUCCAUCCAGCGCUCAGACGUUGCUUUGAAAGACACAGGGCUGUGUGUGUCACGCCUGCUCAUGGAGGCUGAUGAAAACACCUUUGAGGACACAGUCCAUGCAUUUGUGGGCCUCGCAGCUAUUCAGAUUGCACAAAUAGACAUGCUACAAAAGAUGGGCCUCCAGCCGAAUGGCAUCGUGGGUCAUUCUGUCGGAGAGCUGGCAUGUGGCUAUGCUGAUGGCUCCCUCAGCCACACUGAGGCAAUACUGGCUGCCUACUGGAGAGGAAAAUGCAUCCAAGAAGCAAACCUGCCACCUGGAGGCAUGGCAGCAGUGGGUCUGACCUGGGAAGAGUGUAAGGCUCAGUGUCCACAGGGGGUGGUGCCAGCUUGCCACAAUUCAGAGGACACGGUCACUAUCUCAGGGCCACAGGACGCAGUCAGCAAAUUUGUUGCUGAGCUUAAGGAGAAUGGUGUGUUUGCCAAAGAAGUGCGCAGUGCUGGUGUUGCGUUCCAUUCCUAUUACAUGGCCUCUAUCGCUCCUGUUCUGCUGGCUGCCCUGCAGAAGGUAAUAAAAACCCCACAUCCUCGCUCUCCCCGCUGGAUCAGCACGUCCAUCCCUCAGUCAGACUGGGAGAGCCCUCUAGCCCUCUACUCCUCAGCUGAAUACCAUGUAAACAACCUGGUGAGCCCUGUACUCUUCCAGGAGGGCCUGAGCCUCAUUCCUGACAAUGCUGUGGUGGUGGAGAUAGCGCCACAUGCUCUUCUGCAGGCCAUUCUAAAGCGCAGCCUAAAGCCCACUUGUUCCAUUUUGCCCUUGAGUAAGAGGGGGCACGCCAACAACCUGGAGUUCUUCCUUUCUCACAUAGGAAAGAUCUACAUGAAUGGUAUUAAUGUGGACAGUAAGCGGUUGUAUCCAGCUGUGGAGUACCCUGUUCCUUUGGGAACCCCCCUCAUCUCGCCGCUUAUUCAAUGGGACCACUCUCAGAGCUGGGAUGUGCCCAAGGUGGAGGAUUUCCCAGCAGGAUCUGGAGGCUCCACCUCGGCUACUGUGUACAACAUUGAUAUUAACCCUGAAUCUCCAGACUACUACAUGCUUGGCCACUGCAUUGAUGGACGGGUCUUGUAUCCAGCAACGGGUUACCUGGUGUUGGCAUGGAGGACACUUAUGAGAAGUUUAGGCACAGUCAUGGAACAAACCCCAGUUACUUUUGAGGACGUCACCAUCCAUAGAGCCACGAUUCUACCUAAGACUGGAUCGGUCCAGUUAGAGGUUCGUCUUAUGCCCGCCACCAAUCGCUUUGAGGUGUCUGAGAAUGGCAACCUGACAGUCAGUGGUAAAGUGAGCAUGUUGGAAGAAGCAGCUUUGGAUUCUUUUCACUCUCAGAUGGCUGAACCUGUGACCACAGAGCCAGAGGAACCGAAACUGCGCCUGCAAUCUGGAGACAUCUACAAAGAGCUGCGUCUUCGUGGAUAUGAUUAUGGCAAAACUUUCCAAGGCAUUUUGGAGUCCAAUAAUGCUGGUGACCACGGGAAGCUGCAGUGGACCGGGAACUGGGUGACGUUUCUGGACACCAUGCUGCAGAUGAUUGUGGUGGGCCUGCCUGGGCGUAGUCUGCGCCUCCCAACACGUAUCCGGUCUGUAUGUGUGGAUCCAACGUUACAUGAGAAAAGAGUUCAGGAUUACUCUGAGAAUAUGAAAGCCAUUGAUGUCCAUGUGAACCGCUGCCUGGACAACAUAACAGCUGGUGGGGUUCAGAUCUGUGGCCUCCAUGCCACCGUGGCACCUCGUCGCGUACAGCAACAGACUCCACCCACUCUGGAGGAGUUUGUCUUUGUGCCCCUGGUCGAACCCGAGUGGCUGAUAUCCAGUGAGAAACUAUCAGAGCAGCUGAGACAAAGCAAAGGACUGAUUAACCAUCUUCAGAGAAAGUUGGCCAGGCAGGGAGUAAAAAUAUCCAUCCCGGGGUUGGAGGGUGUACAAGAUGCUCAGCUGAUUGACGCAGAGAAAGAGAGUGGCCUGUUACGGCUGCUGUCGGUACUCUGUGGUCUGGAGCUUAAUGGGAAUCUGCACUCGGAACUGGAGCAGACAGUGCAGAAGGAGAGGGAAUGUCUGCUGCAGGAUCCCCUUCUUAAUGGCUUGCUAGACUCGCAUGCUCUGCGUCACUGCCUCGACACAGCCUUGGAGAACUCCACUCCUGGCAAACUCAAAGUUCUUGAGGCUCUCUCCAGCGAUGGCCGUGUGUUUUCCCGGGCCGUCAGCAUCCUCAACAUUCAGCCCAUGUUGCGUCUAGACUACACAGCUUCUGAUGUGAGCGCAGAGCUACUCUCGACCAAGCAGAGCUCUCUGGAGGAGCAGGGGGUCUCAGUUGCUCAGUGGGAUCCUCAGCAAAGCACAGCCACAGGCAACCUAGGGGGCGCUGACCUAGUGGUGUGUAACUGCGUCCCAGGGCCCAUUUCAAACCCAUCAGCUCUAAUAGAAAACCUAACAUCAGCUGCCAGGGAGGGUGGCUUUGUUUUGAUACACACCUUGCUGAAGGGAGACACUCUGGGUGAGACGGUGUCCUUUCUCACGUCUCUGGACAAUCAGACCAGUCUCCUUACUCAGGCGGAAUGGGAGAAGCUGUUCGAUAAGCUCGCUCUUAACAUGGUCAUGGUGAAGAAAUCUUUCUAUGGCUCAGUUCUCUUCCUCGGAAGAAGGAAAACUCCUGAAAAGCAGCCUGUUACACUGUCUGUGGACUCCACUGAUUACAAAUGGGUAGAGACCCUGAAGAGCUUGUUGGCAGAGAUUUCAGAUAAUCCAAUAUGGCUGACAGCCACUCAAGGCCAUAACGGGGUGGUAGGGAUGGUCAACUGCCUGAGACAGGAGCCUGGAGGCAACCGCAUUCGGUGUGCAUUCGUAUCCAACCUGAAGAAGUCCUCAGCAACUCCUUCUCUCCAGCUUCCCGAAAAGGACAUGCAGGGAGUUCUGCAGAGGGACCUGAGCAUGAAUGUGUACCGGGAUGGACAGUGGGGGGUGUUCAGACACCAGCUGCUUACACAAGAUUUGAACGAGGAGCUGACUGAGCAGGCCUACGUCAACGUCCUGACUCGUGGUGAUCUGUCCUCACUACGCUGGAUCGCGUCUCCUCUGCGCCACUUUGUUCCUUCCAAUCCUAACGUGCAGCUUUGCACCGUCUACUAUGCCUCCCUCAACUUCCGAGACAUCAUGCUGGCCACAGGCAAACUGCCCCCAGACGCUAUCCCAGGAGACAUAGCACUCCAGCAAUGCAUGCUGGGAAUGGAAUUCUCCGGCCGGGACCCUCGUGGGCGCCGUGUGAUGGGUCUCCUGCCCGCUAAAGGUCUGGCUACCUGUGUAGAUGCAGACAAACGAUUUCUUUGGGAUGUCCCGUCCAACUGGACAUUGGAGCAGGCUGCAUCAGUACCCGUGGUCUACGCUACAGCGUAUUACUCCAUGGUGGUGCGUGGGCAACUGAGGUCUGGUGAGAGCGUACUCAUCCACUCGGGCUCUGGAGGAGUGGGCCAGGCCGCUAUUGCGAUCGCACUCAGCAUGAACUGCAGAGUCUUUACUACUGUGGGUUCCAAAGAGAAGCGGGUCUACCUGCAGGAACGGUUCCCAGAGCUCAGCGCAGAAUCAUUUGCUAAUUCAAGAGAUGCUUCUUUUGAGCAACAUGUGCUGAAGCACACACAUGGCAAAGGAGUUGAUGUGGUUCUGAACUCCUUGGCUGAGGAGAAGCUGCAGGCCAGCUUGCGCUGUCUAGCCAGGCACGGACGCUUCCUGGAGAUCGGCAAAUAUGAUCUCUCAAACAACACACCUCUGGGCAUGGCUCUUUUCCUCAAGAAUGUAGCCUUCCACGGGAUUCUGUUGGACGCUCUGUUUGAGGAGGGAAACCGCGAGUGGGAAGAGGUGUCCUCGCUGUUAAAGAGGGGCAUUGCAGAGGGAGUGGUGCAGCCUCUGCGCACCACUGUUUUUAAAAGAAAUCAGGUUGAGGAUGCUUUCCGCUACAUGGCUCAGGGCAAACACAUCGGCAAAGUGCUGCUGCAGGUGCGUGUGGAAGGAGGUAGCGGUGAGAGUACAGCUGCUCCUCUCGCACUACCUGCUAUAUGCCGCACUUUCUGUCCGGCUUCACACUCCUACAUCAUCACAGGAGGAUUGGGAGGCUUUGGACUGGAGCUGGCUCACUGGCUCACUGAGAGAGGAGCUCGGAAGCUUGUGCUCACAUCUCGCUCUGGCAUUCGCAACGGUUACCAGGCCAAGCGUGUGCGAGAGUGGCAAGCCAUGGGCAUCGAGGUGCACGUGUCCACGAGUGAUGUUAGCACAUUGAAAGGGACGGAGCGUCUCAUCACUGAAGCCUGCCAGUUAGGCCCUGUUGGAGGCAUCUUCCAUCUUGCAAUGGUUUUACAAGAUGGCAUGCUUGAGAAUCUGACACCUGAACAGUUUAUUGCCGUCAACAAGCCUAAAUAUGAUGGGACACUCCACUUAGACAGAGUGACUAGGCAGAAGUGCCCCGAGCUGCAGCACUUUGUGGUUUUCUCCUCGGUCAGCUGUGGCCGUGGUAAUGCUGGUCAGAGCAACUAUGGCUUCGCCAACUCCACCAUGGAACGAGUGUGCGAGCAGCGUCAUCAUGACAAUCUGCCAGGCCUGGCUGUCCAGUGGGGUGCUAUUGGUGAUGUGGGUGUGGUCUUAGAGACCAUGGGAGGGAACGAUGCUGUGAUUGGUGGCACGUUGCCCCAGCGUAUGGCCUCCUGUCUGGAGGUACUGGAUCGCUUCCUGUCCCAGCAGCGUGCCGUCAUGUCCAGCUUCGUGCUGGCAGAAAGGGUGCAGGUGGCAAAGGGAGACGGCAGCGGGCAGAAGGACCUGGUGGAAACGGUGGCUCACAUUCUAGGUGUGCGUGAUGUAAGCAACCUGAAUCCUGAUGCUUCAUUGGCUGACCUGGGUCUCGACUCCCUGAUGGGCGUGGAGGUGAGGCAGACGCUAGAGAGAGACUACGACAUUGUCAUGGCGAUGAGAGAUAUCCGACAGCUUACCAUCAACAAACUGCGUGAGAUGUCCAACACAUCAGCAGACUCUGAGGCAGCUAAGCCAUCUGAGGGGAAGCAUCCAGGAGCUCAGGCUUUGCUGGAUUCUGAUCUCAACGGGAUGCUGGUAAAUCCGGAGGGUCCCACAGUGACACUUUUGAAUGAGGUGGAGAGUGCAGAAAAGCCACUUUUCCUCAUUCACCCCAUCGAGGGCUCUGCUGCUGCCUUCCGCAGUCUCACUGCCAAACUCAGCAUGCCAUGCUACGGCCUGCAGUGCACCAAAGCUGCACCGUUGGACAGUAUUCAGAACCUGGCUAAAUAUUACGUGCAGUGUGUGAGGCAGACACAGCCAGAGGGGCCGUACCGCAUCGCCGGCUACUCCUUUGGUGCCUGUGUGGCUUUUGAGAUGUGUUCUCAGCUGCAGGAAGCGCAAUGCCCUGUGGAAUACCUCUUCCUUUUUGACGGCUCCCAUUCUUAUGUGGCAGCAUAUACACAGAGCUACAGAGCCAAGCUGACCCCUGGAAACGAGUCUGAGGCUGAGACUGAGGCGCUUUGUGCUUUUAUCCAACAGUUCACCAGCAUUGAGUACAACAAGCUCUUGGAGAUGUUGCUGCCUUUGAAAGAUCUGGAGGCUCGAGUGAACCACGCAGUGGAUCUGAUCACAUCCAGUCAUAAGGGCAUAAAUCGUGACUCCCUUUACUUUGCCGCCUCCUCGUUCUAUUACAAACUGAAGGCUGCUGACGGCUACACCCCAUCUACCAAAUACCACGGCAACAUCACCCUGCUUAGGGCCAAAUCCAGCAGUGAGUACGGAAACAGACUGGGAGCUGACUACAAACUGCAUGAGGUGUGUGAUGGGAAGAUUUCGGUUCAUGUGAUCGAUGGGGACCAUCGUAGCUUCCUGCAGGGGGCAGGAGUUGAGUCCAUCACAAGCAUCAUGCACAGCUCGCUGGCAGAGCCACGGCUUAGCAUCAGAGAGGGUUAAACUCAAUCACUGUAUUCCAAGCUGUUUUUUUUUCCUUUUCUUUCCUUUCUCCUUAUUUUUUCACUGACCAUCCAUAAUGCAGUCUGCCUUAAUCAUACUCUAUCCUGCAUGAGAGAAAGCAGAAAGUAUUUGGCCUUUAAAGCAGAAUACAUAUCCUAUCCUGAUCCCAAUUGUUUUGUUUUUUUUUUGUUCUGAAAACAUUUUAUUAGUCAUGUGCUGAUCUCCAGCAUUUCUUAUACUUUAUUGUGUAUUGAGAAAAUAAUUUUAAGUGUCACUUUGUUUUAAAAUGAAUAUUGUGACAUUUAAUAGUGCCUAGAUACUAGUGCAAAAUCUAAACAGCUUUUAAUGGUCUGCAAAAGUGGUACAGUGACUUCAGAAUCCAUCUAAUCAGCACUUAUAAGUUCAUAAUUACCAUGUAGCCAAAUCCUCAUCAUAAACCCAAUAGUGCAGAUAUGUUCAUACAUUUAAAUAUACACAGUGAUUCUAAAUCAAGAUACUAAUGUUCCAGUUGUCAUUAUUAACUCUAUUUGCCUGCCGUCAUCUUAACCCUGGUGUUAAUGUCUUGUUUGCAACAGUCAUGUACAUGUAUUUGCUGGGUAUAUAAGGGGCGAAAUGUGUAUUUCACAUCAGAUUUGGAGCCAUUAUUGCAGAAAAAGAUGACUGAAAGUGCAAAAUGCAAUUUUUACAUUUUAAAUGUGAAAGUUUGUAUUGUAUGCACAGGUUAACUGAAAGCAAGACAGUAAAGGCUUAACUGACUGAUGGGAAAACACACCAUUUCUUCAUUCCAGAUACCCUUCUCUAAUAUUACUGUAUUCUCUAAAGUCGAAUGCAGCUUCUGUGCGUAUCUGUAUAAUGCAGGCAAAUAAGUAAAAUCUUGCUAUGUUUUGUGUUUAACUUUAAAUGGAUUACACCAACAUUCCUUCUUUUCUUAGAUACAGUUACAUGAUGUACGUGUUUCUACAAUGUCUCAGCAUUUAAUCAGCAGCAUUGGUAGAUAAUCACUAAUAGUGCAAUAUGUAUGUUUUCUCUGUGGCUAGGUCCACAGUUUACCCAAAACUCAAAGUAUUUCCCUUUUCCCCAUGUGGUGUUAGAAUGAAGGGUUUUAUUCUGUAUUAGCCUAAAGUACCUGUCAUAAGAAUGAGCCCUGAUGCCUUCCCUGCUUAAGUUAAAGAAAUAAAGAAAAAAAAAAUACGAAAGGCAGCUCAGUCAGAGAGCAAAUCUCUGAAGAUAAUCUGAGACUUCUCUACAAGUCUAUGACGAAUUGGAUGCCUUUUCCGAUGAUUUAUUAGUGCACGAAUGUGGCAUUGUUAUUCAUUCUGUUAUUGAUGUUUUUGUGUAUCUUUGUCAAGUAUUUAUUUAGUCCAAAUAAAGAAUCAUCACUAAUAAAA